AUGUCUUUAUACAUUGAUCAAUACUUGAAUGGAAGUCAUACACCAACAAGCUCACCAGUGAAUUUCAACAUUAUCUCUACAGUUGAAGGCAAUAGUUUGAUUCGUUCAUAUUCCUACCCAUUGAACAAUCAAAUUGAUAUUCCAUCAAGCUCCCACAUCGAUUUUAUGAAUUCUGGUGAAAUGACAUCAAUUGUAAAUCACUACUUUGUCCAAGUUACAGACCCAACAGUUGUCUCUUCGAUUGAUAAAUCUAUUGGUUUCAUUGGUGUGUCACCAUCAAAGACAAUAUCAUUUACCAGCACAGAAACCUCUGAAAUACUUUCAUUGACAAAUGCCAAGUAUAACGCAAGUUUCUUCUCAAGCAUUGGAUGGAAUCAAUCAUCAUUAUCGUUUAUCGUUGGAAAUAACCAAACCGUCAUAUUUAAUGAUGCUCGUACCUUUGAGACUUCCGAAAAUGAAUAUUCAGUUACUGAUAUCAAUUAUGGAACUGUUGAAAUUGUAAAUCCAAAUUUAUUUGUCAAUCCAGUAUCUAUCAAUGGUGGUACAUUCAACAUCUCUAAUGAUUAUCCUUUCGGUGUUCCAAUUUAUUCAAUUGAUGGUGUUACUUUGACAUGCAAUCAAUUAGGAGCUAAUCUUGAAUGUGUCAUUCCACCUUGGACCUCUGGACCACUCACCAAGCAAAUCACCUCUAAAUGGAAUAACAUUGAUUUAUACAACAUUCAAACUCUUACAUAUGUAGAUUCAUCGACACCAAGCACAACAGGUACUGGUUCUACAACAGAUGUAACAACUGGAAUCCCUACAACCAGCACAGGAUCAACUUCAGGCGGAUCCACAACCGGAGGAGAUCCCAUCAUCAGUCAUCUUAGUGCAUUGAUUUUUAAUGAUACCAAUUUUAAUAAUCAAUAUGACGAAGAUGAAGUUGGAUUGCCAAAUGUAGCUAUCAAGAUUAUGAACACAAUCGUUUACAGCAAUGCAAGUGGUUUCAUUGAAUUUGGUUUCACACAAGCCGGUACCUAUAGCUUAUCAGUCAUUAGUGUUGCCUCCACUCCAUACUUCAUGCCACUCCAAUCUAUUGUUGUAGAUAUUGUAAAUCAAAUUGAUGUUCAAAAGAAUAUUUCAGUAUUCUGGAAAUCAUCAUUUGGAUGUUUAGGCUCAAUAUCAAAUUCACAGAACCAAAAACUUACAAUCCAAUAUGGAGAGCUCGAUUUAUCACAAUUUAACUAUAAUUAUUCAGCAACCUAUCACAGCUUCUCACUUCCACCAAGUUGUAUUGCCCAAAAGAAUGGUUCAAUGAUUUCAGUUAAAUAUAAAUCGGUGCUCAAUCUAUAUCUAUUUAUUGAUUACAACUUUAAUGGUUUACAAGAUGGUCGUGAGAAUAUCAGCCAACCUGUGAAUGCAACUGUUUUCAUUUACUCUGUGUAUAAUGGUAUCAAUAUUACACGUUCAUUCAAUAUCAACGCCACACCUACAUUAAUUAGUGUCGAUAUUCCAAACAACAGCACUGUCACUCUCAUCGAUAAUUCUGAACCCAAAAAUAUUACAAGCAUCUACCAUAGUAAAUAUUAUACCAUUGCCAAACCAAAUAUUGUAUCGACUCAAUUCGACAACAUUGCCCUCUUGAAUGUAAAUCCGAAUAAUACAAUCAGAAUCUCCAACAACGACACACUAUUCAUUUCUUUAGGAUAUGGAAAAUAUAAUUGGACAUUCUUUGAGAAUAUUGGAUGGAAUAACUCAUUAAUUUCUUUGUUACCAAACGCAGACCAGUCAGUAAUAAUAACAUCGAUCAAUCAAACUUUGAAUGUUAGUCAUACCAACCAAUCAACAAUCAUUCAAAACAUUACUAUCUCAACAAUAGAAAUUAUCAAUAAUGACUUUUUCAAUGGUCUUCCAAGUAUUCCAAACAAUGGAAGUGUCAUUCAACUAAAGAAUUUAUAUUGGAGCGAUCCUCAAGCAGUGGCUCUCAAAUUAGAUAAUUCACCAAUUAAUUGUACAAUAGAAAGUUCAUUCUAUGUUAACUGUACAAUUCCAGCAUAUUCAAGUGGAUCAUACACAAAACAAUUGAAUAUAUUUUGGAAUGGAAUGAAACUAUAUCCAAAUAGUACAAUCACCUACCAAGAAGAGACGACACCAAUAUUAUAA